AUGGCACCUGUUCGCGAGCCUAUCGCCAUUAUUGGCACUGGAUGCCGAUUUCCUGGCCAGUGUGAUAGCCCAUCUAAGUUAUGGGAGCUCUUGCGAAAGCCUAGGGACCUCUUAAGGGAGAUUCCUACGGAACGAUUUAGCACGAAAGCCUUCUACCACCCCCAGAACCACCACCAUGGCACCAGCAACGUCCAACACUCCUACCUUCUGGAUGAGGACUUACGCAACUUCGACGCUCAGUUCUUCGGCAUCAACCCCGUCGAAGCACACUCAGUUGAUCCGCAGCAACGGUUGCUUCUAGAGACCGUUUACGAGUCCCUCGAGUCCGCCGGUCUCUCCGUAAAGGAGAUGGCAGGAUCUGACACCGCCGUCUACGUAGGCGUCAUGAGCGCUGAUUUUACCGACAUGAUCGGACGUGAUACUGACACAUUCCCAACCUACUUUGCUACGGGUACUGCAAGAAGUAUUCUUAGCAACAGGCUUUCAUACUUUUUCGACUGGCGUGGCCCGUCCAUGACCAUCGAUACUGCCUGUUCAUCCAGUCUCAUUGCUAUGCACCAAGCUGUGCAGACUCUCCGUGAAGGAGAUUCAUCUGUCGCUGUUGUUGCUGGGUCCAACUUGAUCCUUGGUCCCGAGCAAUACAUAGCUGAGAGUAAGCUGCAAAUGCUUUCUCCUAGGGGCCGAAGCCGCAUGUGGGAUUCCGAUGUGGACGGUUACGGCCGAGGUGAAGGUGUUGCAGCCAUUGUUCUCAAGAAGCUUAGCCAAGCUAUUGCAGACGGUGAUCACAUCGAGUGCCUGAUCCGCGAGACAGGCACAAACCAAGACGGCAGGACGCCAGGUAUUACUAUGCCUAGCCCAACUGCGCAAGAAGCCUUGAUCCGAGCCACAUACGCCAAGGCUGGGUUGGACCUGCGCAAACGUGCUGAUCGUCCCCAGUUCUUUGAGGCUCACGGAACUGGCACUCCCGCUGGUGACCCCGUAGAAGCGCGGGCGAUCACUACCGCAUUUUUCGGUCCGGAGACCAAAUUCACUGCCAAGGAUCCAUUGUAUGUUGGAUCUAUUAAGACGGUUAUUGGCCAUACAGAAGGAACAGCAGGUCUGGCUGCUGUUAUUAAAGCGUCGCUGGCUAUACAGGCUGGUGUCCUCCCUCCUAAUAUGCUGCUAAACAAGGUGAACCCCAAGAUUGAGGAGUUCUACGGUAAGGUCCAAAUCCUUUCCGAGGCCCAAAAAUGGCCUAAGCUUGAAGAGGGCGGCGUGCGAAGAGUUAGUGUGAACAGUUUCGGUUUCGGUGGUGCCAACUGCCAUGCCAUUCUCGAAGCCUACGAGCCCCGCGUGACAAUCCCCAGACAAUUGUCGAACAACGUCACCUCGGUCUUCGCGCCAUUUGUUUUCUCAGCAGCUACCGAAACUGCGCUCACUGCUAGACUCGAAAAGUAUCGAGACUACCUCUCCAGCGGCAACGCGAGUGCCACAACAAGACUCCGAGACUUUUCAUACACUCUAAGCAACCGUCGAUCAGUGCACCCUUGGCGAGCUGUUGUACCGGCCACUAACGACGUUGACGACCUCAUCAAGAAGAUUGAUGACUGCUCUGAUUUCACAAACGAGACUUCCAAGUCACAAGGGAAGCCUCGUAUUCUUGGUAUCUUCACUGGACAGGGUGCCCAAUGGCCACGGAUGGGUGCUGAGUUGAUUGAGAAGUCACCGGCAGCGAGCAAGAUCCUUGCCCGCCUGGACCAGAGCCUCCAGUCACUUCCCUCUCGUGACCGACCAACAUGGUCGCUCCGUGAGCAUCUCCUCGCAAGUCCUGAGACUUCGUCUGUAGGCACAGCUUCUAUCUCACAGCCUGUCUGCUCAGCCGUACAGAUCAUGCUUGUCGACAUGCUUCGAGCUGCUGGUGUGGAGUUCUCCGCCGUAGUAGGUCACUCUUCUGGUGAGAUUGGUGCAGCAUACGCGGCAGGAUACCUCAACGCCGAGGACGCCAUUCGUGUCGCCUAUUAUCGUGGUCUGCACAUGAAAUCUCUCACCGAGAACGGAGCUAUGCUUGCGGUCGGAACUUCGUACGAAGACGCUAAGGAGUUGUGUGAGCUUCCCGCCUUCGAGGGACGUGUUUGUGUAGCGGCUAGCAACUCCCCCGCUAGCGUGACCCUCUCUGGUGAUGCAGAUGGGAUUGAGGAGAUUAAGACGGUCCUCGACGAGGAGAAGAAGUUUACUCGUCUUCUCAAGGUUGACCGAGCUUACCACUCGCACCAUAUGCUGCCUAUUUCGAAGCCAUACAUUGCUUCCCUGCAGCAAUCCGGCAUCAAACAGCUUUCGCCCUCCGGAAAGACCCGAUGGGUAUCCAGUGUUUUCAACUGCGACAUUACGGAAGCUCCUAUUUCACAAGGCCUCAAAGGUGAGUACUGGGCCCUGAACUUGACCAAACCGGUCUUAUUCACUGAGGCCUUGUCGACCGUUCUUGCCAGCGGCGAAACCUAUGACCUCGCCAUUGAGGUUGGGCCGCACCCAGCGCUCAAGGGCCCCGCCAGCCAGACGAUCGAUGGAUGUCUCAAUGGAGAGUCCAUUCCUUACACUGGCGUCUUGUCACGUGGUAAGGACGAUAUUGAGUCAUUCUCGCUCGGUCUGGGAUUCCUCUGGCGGAGCUGGGGCGAAGGGGCUGUGGACUUUGGUUCCUUCGGCCGCUUCAUGAACGACGAGCCGGAGAACGCGGACGUGACACCCGCGAUCUUAAAGGAUCUUCCUACCUAUGCAUGGGACCACAACCGGAAGUUCUGGCACGAGUCUCGCACCUCCCGUGCUUUCAGGACCAAUCAAGACCCGCCUCACGAGCUUCUCGGACGUCAAAUCCUCGAUGGUGCUCCUGACCAACUCCGUUUCCGCAAUGUGCUCAAGCGCAAUGAGAUUGAUUGGCUUGACGGUCACCAGGUCCAAAGACAGACGGUUUUCCCUUGUGCCGGCUACGUGUCUGCCUGUGUGGAGGCGGCGCUGCGUAUUCGCAACGAUCCCGUCCAAUCUAUUGAGCUCUUGGACUUCGUAGUUGGUUCCGCCAUCGCCUUCAACGACGACUCGGGCAUCGAAACGCUCGUCGUCCUCGAUGGAAUCAAGGAAUCGGAAGAUCAGGGAAAGAAAAUCAUUUCGGCCAACUUUGCCUUCUACUCUUCCUCUAACAAGGAAGUCCUUGAGAUGACUAGCCAUGCUAGCUCUGCCGUCCGCAUUACCUAUGGUGAGAGCGACCCUCUACUUCUCCCACCCAAGGUCAAGGAGUAUGAUGAGGAUUCUAUGUUGGAGAUCGAGGAUGAUCGGUUUUACAAUGUCCUUGAAGGUCUUGGAUUCGGAUAUUCUGGUCCAUUCCGUGCGCUCACCGACCUCAAGCGCAAGUUGGGCAAGGCUAUCGGUCACAUUCAGAACCCAGAAGCCAGCAAGCUUUUCAAGAAUCCUCUGCUCAUCCACCCAGCCAUGCUGGACGCUGGUAUCCAGUCUAUCAUGCUGGCAUACUGCUACCCAGGAGAUAGCAUGAUGCGCUCUAUUUACCUCCCAACUGGCAUUCGCCGACUAAUUAUCAACCCUCAGCACUGUCGCACAUUUGCCGCCCAGGAGACCAAGGUUCCUUUCGAUGCUUCGGCAUCAGUCAGCACUUCCAGGAGUCUGUCUGGUGACGUGAGCAUCUUCUCUCCUGACGGCUACGACUGCAAGGCCAUUCAACUUGAGGGUCUCCAGACGCAGCCUCUGUUCCACCCUACUGAGGCGAACGAUCUGAAUAUCUUCACUGAGCUCGUGUGGGGCAUUGACCGCCCUACCAGUGAAGAAAUCGUCGGCAAGGUUAAUGUUCAGCAGCUUGACCCCGAUCUGCUGUUCUCUCUUGAGCGGGUGGCCUACUUCUACCUGAAGGCUUUGGACAAGGAGAUUCCUCGUAGCCAGCGUACAAACCUCGAAUGGCACUUCGGCCGUCUUUUUGCCUACGUCGACCAUGUUCUGACCAGAGCUGCCAACGGCACAAACCGCUUCUUCAAGAAGGAAUGGCAUAAUGACACCAGAGAGGUCAUUUACAAGAUCCUGGACAAGUACCCUGAAAACAUCGAUCUGAGACUCAUGCGCGCUGUGGGUGAGAAUAUGGCCUCCGUCGUCCGCGGUGAGACAACCAUGUUGGAGCAUAUGCUUCCAGACAACAUGCUCAACGACUUCUAUGUCAUUGCCCAUGGUAUGCCUCGCUACACUGCUUACUUGGCCUCUCUUGCCGAGCAGAUCAGCCACAGAUACCCUCACAUGCAUGUCCUAGAGAUUGGUGCCGGUACGGGUGGUGCGACCAAAUCGUUCCUUGGAGCGCUUGGCGACCAGUUCUCAACCUACACCUUCACCGAUAUCUCUGGUGGUUUCUUCGAGAAGGCCAAGGGUGUCUUCGCGUCUCAGGCCUCUAAGAUGAACUUCCAGGUUCUCAACAUUGAGAAGGACAUCGAAGAGCAGGGCUUUGAGGAGGGGACCUACGAUGUCAUCAUCGCCUCUUUGGUUCUCCAUGCUACUCGUAACAUGGAGGAGACUAUGCACAACGUGCGCCGUCUGUUGAAGCCCGGUGGUUAUCUGCUGCUACUUGAAAUCACCGAGAAUGACCAAAUGCGUUUUGGUCUUCUUUUCGGUGGUCUUGAAGGUUGGUGGCUUGGUUACGACGAUGGACGUGCACUGUCCCCUUGUAUUGACCUUGACGAGUGGGAGACGCUCCUGAAGAAGACCGGCUUCUCAGGUAUUGACUCGUCCAUGCCGCACCAUGAUGAGUUACCUGUUCCCCUCUCAGUCGUUGUGGCCCAGGCAACAGAUGACAGGGUCGAACUCUUGAAGCAGCCUUUGACGCCACAAGCUUCAACGGCAACCGUUCUGCCUCAGCUGACAAUCAUCGGCGGAGCUGCACUGGCAAAGAGCGUCAGCCAAAUCGUCCAACCAUACUCCGGCAACAUCAAGCUCAUUCAAUCGCUGGAAGACAUCGGGCCCGAGGCUCUUCCUGUUGGUGGCACUGUCCUCUGUCUUAGCGACAUCGACGAGCCCGUGUUCAAGUCCAUGACUCCCGACAAGUUGCGUGGAUUCCAGACAAUCUUCAAGCAGUCCACCAACGUCCUAUGGAUCACCCAGGGUGUGCGAUUUGGCGACCCAUACUCUCGAAUGGUCGUGGGUUUUGGAAGAACUAUCGUGCUGGAAAUGUUGCACUUGCGCUUGCAAUUCCUUGACCUCGAUACUGAGGUCCCUGCUGACCCUAAUGCUAUUGCCGAGGGUCUGCUGCGGUUCCAGCUGGCUGCCACCUGGGAGAACGAAGGCCAAGAAACACCCCUGCUCAACUCCAUUGAGCCCGAAAUGUACCGCAGCAAGGAGGGUCUCUUCUAUGUUCCUCGAUUCAAGUUGAACAAGCGCCCCAACGAUCGCUACAACUCGGGUCGCCGCGACAUCACCAAGCAGAUCUCCCUCAAGGAGAAGACUGCUGAGCUUAUCCAGCAGGACGCGUCAUGGCAACUCAUUGAAGGCACCGAGGCGCCCGUGCCAACGGGCGCCGUCGAGAUUGAUGUCUUGUACUCAAUCCGUCGGUCUGUGGAAGUGUCGCGAGGCACUUUCCUCUUCCCAGUCCUUGGUCUCAACCGAGACACCGGAGAGACCGUGGUGGCCCUCUCGCCAAAGCAUUCUUCCAAGGUCACUGUUCCGCGGGCAUAUGUAAUCCCUGCGCAGAAGUCCGCAGAGGAUCUUCAGCUGUUUUAUGCUGAGCUUCUUGCCCGCGCUGCUCUAAGAGACGCGUCGGCUGGAACGCUUGUCAUCGUUCUGAAGCCAAGCAGAAUCCUUAGCCAGGCCAUGGACCGUAUUGCCACAGACAAGGGGGCCAAGAUUCUCUACUUUGGAGCUGAACCUGGCACCGAAUGGGGCUAUAUCCACCCCAAGGCCACCAAGACUGAGAUCGAGGCAUUGCUUACCUCGAAGAUCGGAACUGCUCCUCAAUCUUCGGUUUUAAUUCUGGACUUGGGUGCCAAUAAGCCCCUCUCUGCGGGUCUUCUGGCAUGUCUACCAGCCGAGACUACCCAAAUCAAGUCCGGUUCAUUGCUUACUUCCUCCAUUGCACGUAUUGCACCUGGUCAGCUAGAGCAUGAAAUCCGACCGAUUCUUGCGGAUAUUAAAUACUCUCUGUUGCUAGCUCAGCAAGCUAGCCAGACUCUACCCAAGACAGAAGUUGUUAGCAUUGAGGACUUGACUACUAAGAACGAUAUCAACGAGGAUGCAUACGUCGUUUCUUGGCCACUGGAAGCUAGCACUGCCGUGGUUCAGGUCGAACCUAUCGACUCUAGAGUCAAGUUCCAGCAUGACAAGACAUACUGGCUCGUUGGUCUCACUGGUGGUCUUGGUCUUUCGCUUUGCGAGUGGAUGGCUAAGCAAGGCGCUCGGUACAUCGUUAUUACUAGCCGAAACCCUAAGGUCGAUAGCCUAUGGGUUGAAAAGAUGAAAACCAUUGGUGUAACCGUUGCUGUUAUUGCCAACAAUAUUACGGACCGAGACUCGGUCCGAGCUGUUCAUAAGAAGAUCACCCAGACCAUGCCUCCCAUCGCUGGUGUCGCUCAAGGUGCUAUGGUUCUCCAUGAUACCGUGUUCUCUGAGCUCGACAUUGAACGAGUCGAAAAGGUCACGCGGCCCAAGGUCAAUGGUGCUACCUACCUGGAGGAAAUUUUCCACGAUGUCGAUCUUGACUUCUUUGUCUUCUUCUCAUCUAUGGCUUGUGUCACCGGUAACCCUGGCCAGUCCGCAUACGCUGCUGCCAACAUGUUCAUGUCGGGUUUGGCCGCUCAGCGCAGACGCAGAGGUUUCAAUGCCUCUGCAGUGCACAUCGGUGCCAUCUUUGGUAACGGUUACGUGACUCGAGAACUGACCCUAGCACAACAGGAGUUCUUGCGUAAGGUCGGUAACAUGUGGCUUUCGGAGCAGGACUUCCGACAGCUCUUUGCUGAGGCAAUCUAUGCUGGCCGACGUGAAAACGCAACUGGCCCAGAGCUCUCCACAGGUUUGAUGAUGAUUGAUAACAGUGACGACUCUAAGAAGAACAUCACUUGGUUCUAUAACCCGAUGUUCCAGCACUGCAUCAAGGAGAACCACGACGGUGAGCUUGUUACCGACGGCGCAAAGGGUCGCAGCGUCCCGGUUAAGACACAGCUUCUCGAAGCAAUCAAUCCAGCUGAAGUAUAUGAGAUCAUCCACGAUGCCUUCGCUGCCAAGUUACGCUCUAGCUUGCAAAUCGAAGAGAACCGAGCCAUUGUUGAUCUCACUGCGGAUACUCUUGGUAUCGACUCUCUGUUCGCCGUUGAUAUUCGAUCGUGGUUUAUCAAGGAACUUCAAAUCGAGAUCCCAGUUCUCAAGAUUCUGGGUGGAGCGACAGUUGGUGACAUUCUCGAAACUGCUCAGGGACUGUUACCUAAGGAACUGACGCCCAAGUUGGACCCGAACGACAAGGGUGAAGCUAGAAAGAAGAAGCCCACGGCUACCGUGACAAAGGAGGAACCAAAGAAGCCGGCCAAGAAGGCUCCUGCACCCAAACCAGAAGCUGCCAAGCCAAAGCCUAAGCCCGCGCCGGCGGCACAGGUGCAGAGCCCAGCCACUAACUCUGGAGACAAGUCAUUGUCCAGUGAGAACAUCGUGAAAGUGAACCGAAGCCUUGACGUUGCCGAUAUUGGAAACUCUACCAUCACCUCGAACACAGGCUCAGUUGUCGAUGUGUCUGGUGGUCAGUCUCAUGGUUCCGUGUGGUCCCUUGAUACUUCUCUGGACACUCCAGAGAGCGAAUCUGUUGUCGUCAAGACGAGUCCAAUUGCGUUCGGUCAAGCUCGAAUCUUCUUCCUGGAGAAGUACCUCCAAGAUCCGGCUUCUGCACUUAACAUUACUUUGACCAUCGAUCUUGACGGUUCUCUUGACGUGAAUCGUUUUGAGCGAGCAGUUAAACUUGUUGGACAACGCCAUGAAGCAUUGAGGACUCGAUUUGUGACUGGCAUUGACUCUACUCAAACUAUGCAAGAAGUCCUUGCUGAUGCUACGCUGACACUAGAAAAACGAAAUAUCUCGAGCGAUGCCGAGGCUGAACAAAUCUACCGCGAACUUCAGCAGCACCGAUACAAGCUCGAGGAAGGCGAGAACAUGAGAAUCUUGCUCCUCGCCAAGGCCGCCAAAUCAUUCCGCCUUGUCAUCGGUUACCACCACAUCAACAUGGAUGGCAUCAGCUUGGAAGUAGUGCUUCGCGAGCUGCAGAUGGCCUAUGACUCGAAGAGACUCACAAGCACGAGCAGCAUUCUCCAGUACCCGGCUUUCGCUGAGCAACAGCGCCGAGAAUUUGAAACUGGAAAAUGGAGAGAGGAGUUGAAAUUCUGGCAAAACGAGUUCAGUGCCGGUAUUCCCCCCGUUCUUCCUCUUCUUCCCCUAGCGAAGACUCGUUCGCGGGCACCUCUUACGUCUUACGCAACCCACACUGCCGAAUUCCGACUGGAUCAGGAGGCUAUCAACCGCAUUCAGGCAGCCUGUGGCAGCUCGAAGGCUACACCCUUCCAGUUCCACCUUGCUGUCUUCCACACCCUUCUUUACCGUCUAGUUGAUGUUGAGGAUAUUUGCAUCGGUGUCAGCUCUGCCAACCGGACAGAUGCAGCGAUGAUGCAAAGUGUCGGCAUGUACUUGAACCUGUUGCCCCUUCUUCUCAAGGCUCAGCCCAACGAGACCUUCGCUAGCACUUUGAAACGCAUUCGCAGUAAGGCCAUGACUGCUUUUGCUCACUCAAAGGUUCCCUUCGAUGUUAUUGUCAAUGAGCUUGGUGUUCCACGCGCUACCACGCACAGUCCACUAUUCCAGACCUUGGUCAACUACAGACCCGGUAUUGCCGAGCGACGAGACUUCUGUGACUGCAGCAGCAAGGUAGUAUCGUUCGAGCAGGGCCAGGCGGCGUACGAUCUUAGUCUCGACGUUAUCGAGAGUCCCGGCGAGUGCCGUGUCAUCGUAGCGGGUCAGUCAGCACUGUUUACGCCCGAAGAUGUGGAGUUAUUGAAGGAUAUGUACAAGAAUCUGCUGGCUGCCUUCUCUCGCAACCCAGCCUCUAGGUUGACUACACCCUCACUGUACGAGCAGGAUGGCGUAAAGAACGCUCUUACGAUUGGACGAGGUCCAACCCACAACCACCAGUGGCCUGAAACCCUGGUUCACCGCAUUGACAACAUGGUCGAGCGAUACAGCAGCAAGACUGCUGUUGUUGACGGCUAUGGAACGUCCCUAACCUACAAACAGCUGGCGAAGAGAGUCAAUGCCAUUGCCUCUUCCAUGCGCCAAAUUGGGAGUGGCAACCGUGUCGGCGUCUUCGUUGACCCUACCGCCGACUGGGUCUGCUCUCUGCUCGCCGUCCUGCGCCGUGAUGCAACCUAUGUGCCACUCGAUGCUGUGUCCGGAUCUGCGCGACUUCGUGCCAUUAUCCAGGACAGCAAGCCAGACUUGUUGCUUGUUAGCAAAUCAACAGAGGCUGAUGCAAUGAGCCAGUUUGCACCACUGCUAGGAGCUGACAAGAUCGUCAACGUCGACAAGAUCCCUGCAACGGCUGCUACCACUGUGAUUAACGCGGCCAAGGCUGACUCGGUGGCCGCACUUAUGUACACCAGCGGCUCAACUGGCGUUCCCAAAGGAAUCGUGAUGAAGCAUGCUUCUUUCAGGAACAACAUCGAAAUAGUUACAGGUAAGAUGGAUUAUCGUGAAGGCCAAGAAGUUACGCUUCAACAGAGCUCACUGAGCUUCGAUAUGUCCGUCUUCCAAACAUUCAUGGCUUUGUCUAAUGGUGGAGCUGUUAAUGUUGUGCCCAAGCACCUCCGUGCAGACCCUGUGGCCAUCUCGUCUAUCAUUGCAACCCAGGGUAUCACCUUCACAACUGCAACCCCCUCGGAGCUCAUCAGCUGGGUCCGCUACGGUAAGGUCGAGGAGCUACGUAACUCGAACUGGAGAACCGCUCUCAGCGGUGGUGAACCCGUCAGGGACAGUCUCAAGGCUGCAUUCCGGGACGUCAACAAGUCUGAACUACGCCUGAUUGAUUGCUACGGCCCGACUGAGAUCACCUUCUGCUGCCACAGUAGUGAGGUAGAUUACCGCUUGGAAGGUACCUCCAACGCAGGACUCGAGGUUCUACCUAACUACUCUACUUAUAUCGUAGAUGCUAACAUGAAAGCUGUUGCCGCUGGCAUUCCGGGAGAAAUCCUCAUUGGUGGAGCUGGUGUCGUCGCUGGCUACCUGCACACUGAGCUCAACACACGCGGAUUUGCCCACGACAGCUUUGCCUCUCCAGAAUUCGCCAAGCAAGGCUGGACACAGCUACACCGUACAGGUGACUUUGGACGUAUUAGCAAGGCUACUGGACGUCUGAUACUCGAGGGACGUAUUGCAGACGACACCCAAGUGAAGCUUCGAGGUCUCCGUAUUGACUUACGAGAGGUGGAAUCUGCCAUCAUUCAAGCCGCGAAGGGAAGCAUUGUCGAUUGCGCCGUUAGCCUUCGUCAAUCUGAGAAUGAGUAUCUUGUGGCUUUCGCCACCACUACCUCAACUGCCGACACUGAGAACCUUCCCAAGAUUGUUCACCAACUUCCCUUGCCACCAUAUAUGCGACCGGCAGCACUAGUUCUCUUGGAGAAGAUGCCUACCAACGCCUCAGGAAAGAUUGAUCGAUCUGCUCUCAAGACCAUCUCUAUCGCCCAAGAUAGCGAGGAUGGUCACAAUGCGGGUAAUGAAACCCUGAGCAACACCGAGUCGCGUCUUAAGCAACUAUGGGAAGCUGUGCUCUCAAAAGAGAUCGUAUCUCAACACCAAAUCAACGCUACCUCAGAUUUCUUCCAUGUUGGUGGUAGCUCCAUGCUUUUGAUCAACUUACGGGCAGAUAUCCAAGAUACCUUCAAUGUGGAACUGUCGCUCUUCCAGCUCUUCGACGCUAGCACGCUCGGAGGCAUGGCAACUGUCAUCGAUGGUCUCACAGGCAAGACGGUUAGUGUUGAAGUCACCGAAGGACAAAAGGAGGAGGCAAAUGAUGGCGAGAUCGAUUGGGAGAAAGAGACUGCUCUCUCACCGAACUUGAAGAAUGUGCCCGUUUCUAGGCAAUUCUUCACAAACCCCGAAGUCGUCAUCCUCACUGGUGCUACCGGGUUCCUCGGUCAGGCUAUUCUUACGCGUCUCCUGAACGACGGAAUUGUCAGGAAAAUCCAUCUCCUUGCUGUCCGACACGAGAUUCCCCUCUUUGACUCACCUAAGAUUGUCGUGCACCGCGGCGACCUAGCCAAGCCACACUUCGGCCUAACUGAGAAGAAGCUUGCCGAGAUCUUUGAGGAGGCUCACGCCAUCAUCCACAACGGCACGGACGUGUCAUUCGUCAAGUCGUACCACAGCCUCAAGCCAGCUAAUGUUGACGCCACCAAGGAACUCGUCCGCCUCAGUCUGCCACACCACACUUCCUUCCACUACGUCUCGACCGCCGCCGUUGCCAACUUGACCGGCCAGUCCGAGUGGGAACAGCGAUCUGUCGGCGCUUACUCGCCGCCUGCCGGAGCCGACGGAUACAUCGCCACCAAAUGGGCGUCUGAGCGGUUCUUAGAGAAGGUCAACGACCAAACCGAGCUGCCUAUCUGGAUCCACCGCCCAUCCUCUAUUACCGGCCCCGAUGCGCCCGCUACAGACCUUAUGGAGAACCUCCUCCAGUACUCGCGCAAGAUUGCAGCCAUUCCCGAAACUACCCUAUGGGGAGGCUACCUCGACUUCAUUUCAGUAGAUAAGGCAGCGAUGCAAGUUGUAGACGAGGUGUACGAAGACUACUCAUGGCCCGGUCACGUCAAGUACCUGUACGAGUCUGGCGAGCAGAUUGUUGCUAUUUCGGACAUGAAGGGAGUAUUGGAGAGGGAGACUGGCUCCAUUAUCGAGACCGUCUCUAUGGAGGAAUGGGUCAGCAAGGCCGCGGAGGAGGGCCUCAACCCGCUGUUGGGAGAAUAUCUCAAGCGUGCUGCUAGCACUCCGCUUGUCUUCCCUAAGCUUGUGCGUCACGAAAGCUUUUUCUAA